UUCGAACACUGUGGCGGGACGGAAGAAGGCGGGGUGGGUGCGGUGCGGUACGGUGCGGCCAGGCGUGACAGUGCGUGGACAGAUAAGUGUUGGAGAUGUUGAAGUUUAAGUAUGGCGUGCGCAGCCCAUUGGCCCCAAGUGCAGCUGAGCCCAUCAGCAGCCGAGCCUCCAGGCUGAAUCUUCUAUUCCAGGGUAAAACACCCUUCAUGACUCAACAGCAGAUGUCUCCUCUCUCCCGUGAAGGGAUACUGGAUGCCCUUUUUGUUUUCUUUGAAGAAUGCAACAGCCCUGCCCUAAUGAAGAUUAAGCAUGUGAACAACUUUGUCAGAAAAUAUUCGGAGACCAUUGCUGAAUUACGGGAACUCCAACCUGGCCCAAAGGACUUUGAAGUCAAAAGUCUGGUGGGCUGUGGCCACUUUGCUGACGUGCAGGUGGUGAAGGAAAAAGUCACUGGGGAUGUCUAUGCCAUGAAAGUGAUGAAGAAGAGAUCUUUGUUGGCACAAGAAGAGGUUUUAUUUUUUGAAGAAGAACGAAGCAUAUUAUCUCGGAGUACAAGUCCUUGGAUUCCUCAGUUACAUUAUGCAUUUCAGGACAAAGAGAAUCUUUAUCUGGUUAUGGAAUAUCUGCCUGGAGGGGAUCUGCUAUCACUCUUGAAUCGCUAUGAGGAUCAAUUAGAUGAAAAUAUGAUGGAGUUUUAUCUUGCUGAACUGGUUUUGGCCAUUCAUAGUGUUCAUCAGAUGGGAUAUGUCCAUCGAGACAUCAAACCGGAGAACAUUCUCAUUGACCGAACAGGACAUAUUAAGCUGGUGGACUUUGGAGCAGCUGCCAAAAUGACUACAAGUAAUACGGUGAACUCUAAACUUCCUAUUGGGACACCUGAUUACAUGGCACCAGAAGUCCUGACAGUGAUGAAUGGAGAUGGAAAGGGCUUCUAUGGACCUGAAUGUGAUUGGUGGUCAUUGGGAGUCAUUGCUUAUGAAAUGGUUUAUGGAAGAUCACCUUUUACUGAGGGGACCACAGCAAAAACUUUUAAUAAUAUCAUGAAUUUUCAGCGGUUUCUGAAGUUCCCAGAAAGCCCCAAAGUUAGCAGUGAAUUUCUUGAUCUGAUUCAGAGUCUGCUGUGUGGACCGAAAGAAAGGCUGAAUUAUGAGGGUCUUUGUUGCCAUCCAUUUUUCUCAAAAAUUGAUUGGAAUAACAUUCGUAAUUCUCCUCCCCCCUUCGUUCCCACCCUCAAGUCUGAUGAUGACACCUCUAAUUUUGAUGAACCAGAGAGAAAUUCGCGGGCUUUACCUUUUCCGGGCCAGUUGAACCCUGGAGGUUUCUCCGGUGAAGAUUUGCCUUUUGUGGGGUUUUCGUUCAGCAAAGCCCUGGGGAUCCUUGGUAGAGCAGAGUCUGUUGUAUCAGGUUUGGACUCUCCUGCCAAGAUUAGCUCCAUGGAAAAGAAACUUCUUAUCAAGAGCAAAGAGCUACAAGACACUCAGGACAAGUGUCACAAGAUGGAGCAGGAAAUGACACGGUUGCACCGGAGAGUGUCUGAGGUGGAGGCCGUGCUUAGUCAAAAGGAGGUGGAGCUGAAGGCCUCUGAAACCCAGAGAUCCCUCUUGGAGCAGGACCUGGCUACUUACAUCACAGAAUGCAGUAGCCUCAAGCGAAGUUUGGAGCAAGCACGGAUGGAAGUGUCCCAGGAGGAUGACAAGGCCUUGCAGCUUCUUCAUGAUAUUCGAGAGCAGAGUCGCAAGCUGCAAGAGAUCAAAGAACAGGAGUAUCAGGCCCAAGUAGAAGAGAUGAGAUUGAUGAUGAAUCAAUUGGAAGAGGACCUUGUCUCUGCCAGAAGACGUAGUGAUCUCUAUGAAUCUGAGUUGAGAGAGUCUCGGUUAGCAGCUGAAGAAUUUAAACGCAAAGCCACAGAAUGUCAGAAUAAAUUGAUGAAGGCUAAAGAUCAAGGGAAGGUUGAAGUAGGAGAACUAUAUUCCAAACUGGAAAAGGUGAAUGCUGAACAGCAGCUCAAAAUCCAGGAGCUACAAGAGAAACUGGCUAAGGCAGUGAAAGCCAGCUCCGAGGCGACCGAGCUGCUUCAGAAUAUUCGUCAGGCCAAGGAGCGAGCUGAGAGGGAGCUGGAGAAGCUGCAGAACCGAGAAGACUCCUCGGAGGGCAUGAGAAAGAAGCUGUUUGAGGCGGAGGAACGACGCCAUUCUCUGGAGAACCAAGUAAAGAGACUAGAGACUGUGGAACGCAGAGAAAACAGACUGAAGGAUGAUAUCCAGACUAAAUCACAACAGAUUCAACAGAUGGCUGAUAAAAUUCUGGAGCUGGAGGAGAAGCACCGGGAGGCUCAGGUCUCAGCCCAGCACCUAGAGGUGCAUCUGAAACAAAAAGAGCAACUCUACGAGGAAAAAAUUAAAGUUUUGGACAAUCAGAUAAAGAAAGAUCUUGCUGACAAGGAAACACUUGAGAAUAUGAUGCAACGACACGAGGAAGAAGCGCAUGAAAAAAGCAAGAUUCUCAGUGAGCAGAAGGCGAUGAUCAAUGCUAUGGAUUCCAAGAUCAGGUCUCUGGAACAGAGGAUAGUGGAGUUGUCAGAAGCAAAUAAAUUGGCAGCAAACAGCAGCCUUUUUACCCAGAGGAACAUGAAAGCCCAAGAAGAGAUGAUUUCAGAACUCAGACAGCAGAAAUUUUAUCUGGAAACCCAAGCUGGGAAAUUGGAGGCUCAGAAUCGAAAGCUAGAAGAACAGUUGGAAAAAAUCAGUCAUCAAGAUCACAGUGACAAGAGUCGCCUUUUAGAGCUGGAGACAAGGCUGAGGGAGGUUAGUCUAGAGCAUGAAGAGCAAAAGUUGGAACUUAAGCGCCAGCUCACUGAACUGCAGCUCUCCCUCCAGGAGAGAGAAUCUCAGCUUUCAGCACUGCAGUCAGCACGCACGGCGUUGGAGAGUCAACUCCGCCAAGCAAAGACUGAGCUGGAAGAGACAACGGCCGAAGCUGAGGAAGAAAUCCAAGCUCUCACGGCACAUAGAGAUGAAAUCCAGCGUAAAUUUGAAGCCCUUCGUAAUAGCUGCACAGUAAUAACAGACUUGGAGGAGCAGCUGAACCAGCUGACUGAGGACAAUGCAGAGCUGAACAACCAAAACUUCUACUUGUCCAAGCAGCUGGAUGAGGCUUCUGGUGCCACAGAUGAGCUGGUACAGCUGCGUAGUGAAGUGGACCAUCUCCGCCGGGAAAUCACUGAAAGGGAGAUGCAGCUCACCAGCCAGAAACAAACAAUGGAAGCCUUGAAAACCACUUGCACAAUGCUAGAAGAGCAAGUGAUGGAUUUGGAGGCCCUUAAUGAUGAACUUCUGGAGAAGGAACGUCAAUGGGAGGCCUGGCGGAGUGUUCUUGGUGAUGAGAAGUCUCAGUUUGAGUGUCGGGUCCGAGAGUUACAGAGAAUGUUGGAUACUGAGAAGCAGAGCAGAGUAAGAGCUGAUCAGCGUAUUACGGAGUCUCGUCAGGUGGUGGAGCUGGCUGUGAAGGAACACAAGGCUGAGAUCCUGGCUCUGCAGCAGGCCCUGAAGGAGCAGAAGCUGAAAGCUGAGAGCCUCUCAGAUAAGCUCAACGACCUGGAGAAGAAGCAUGCUAUGCUGGAAAUGAAUGCCCGAAGUUUGCAACAGAAACUGGAAACUGAGCGAGAGCUCAAACAGAGGCUUCUGGAAGAGCAAGCAAAACUGCAGCAACAAAUGGACUUGCAGAAGAAUCACAUUUUCCGCUUGACUCAAGGACUCCAAGAGGCUCUAGAUCGAGCUGACCUGCUCAAGACAGAAAGGAGCGAUUUAGAAUAUCAGCUGGAAAAUAUUCAGGUCCUGUAUUCUCAUGAAAAAGUGAAAAUGGAGGGUACCAUUUCCCAGCAAACCAAGCUCAUUGAUUUUCUGCAGGCUAAGAUGGACCAACCUGCUAAGAAGAAAAAGGGCUUAUUUAGUCGACGGAAAGAGGACCCUGCUUUACCCACACAGGUUCCUCUGCAGUACAAUGAGCUGAAGGCGGCCUUGGAGAAGGAGAAGGCCCGCUGUGCGGAGCUGGAGGAGGCACUACAGAAAACUCGGAGUGAGCUGCGAUCGGCUCGUGAAGAAGCUGCCCAUCGUAAAGCAUCAGAUCACCCCCACCCAUCCACGCCAGCCACUGCAAGGCAGCAGAUCGUCAUGUCUGCCAUAGUGAGGUCCCCAGAGCACCAGCCCAAUCCAAUAAGUUUGCUGGCUCCACCUUCUAGUCGGAGAAAAGAGUCUUCCACGCCAGAAGAGUUUAAUCGGCGUCUAAAAGAGCGAAUGCACCACAACAUCCCACAUCGAUUCAAUGUGGGACUGAACAUGAGAGCAACAAAGUGUGCAGUGUGUCUGGAUACCGUGCACUUUGGCCGGCAGGCAUCCAAAUGUCUUGAAUGCCAAGUAAUGUGCCACCCAAAGUGUUCCACGUGCCUGCCAGCUACCUGUGGUCUCCCCGCCGAGUACGCCACACACUUCACUGAAGCCUUCUGCCGGGACAAAAUGAACUCCCCAGGACUGCAGCUCAAGGAGCCAAGCACCAAUUUACGUCUGGAAGGAUGGAUGAAGGUGCCAAGAAAUAAUAAACGAGGACAACAAGGCUGGGAUAGGAAAUACAUUGUUCUGGAGGGAACCAAAGUACUCAUCUAUGACAGUGAAGCCAGAGAAGCUGGACAGAGGCCAGUGGAAGAAUUUGAGCUGUGCCUUCCUGAUGGUGAUGUCUCCAUUCAUGGAGCCGUGGGAGCCUCUGAACUUGCAAAUACAGCCAAAACAGAUGUGCCAUACAUAAUGAAGAUGGAAUCUCACCCCCACACCACUUGCUGGCCUGGAAGAACACUAUACUUACUCGCUCCCAGCUUCCCAGAGAAGCAGCGCUGGGUCACUGCCUUAGAGUCAGUUGUCGCAGGUGGGAGAGUUUCUAGGGAAAAAGCAGAGGCUGAUGCUAAGCUGCUUGGGAAUUCCCUGCUGAAGCUUGAAGGAGAGGAUCGCCUGGAUAUCAAUUGCACCUUGCCCUUCAGUGACCAGGUGGUGCUGGUUGGGACUGAGGAAGGGCUUUAUGCCCUGAAUGUCUUGAAGAAUUCUCUGACCCACAUCCCAGGUGUGGGUGCUGUCUUCCAAAUUCACAUCAUCAAGGACCUGGAGAAGCUUCUCAUGAUAGCAGGAGAAGAGAGGGCCUUAUGCCUUGUUGAUGUGAAGAAAGUCAAGCAGUCCCUAGCACAGUCUCACCUCCCUGCUCAGCCAGAUAUCACACCCAGCAUCUUUGAAGCUGUCAAAGGUUGCCACCUGUUUGCAGCCGGCAAGAUUGAGAAUGGACUCUGUAUCUGUGCCGCCAUGCCUAAUAAAGUUGUCAUUCUCCGGUACAAUGAAAACCUCAGCAAGUACUGCAUCAGGAAAGAAAUAGAAACUUCUGAGCCCUGUAGUUGUAUUCAUUUCACUAAUUAUAGUAUCAUCAUUGGGACAAACAAAUUCUAUGAAAUUGAAAUGAAGCAGUACACGUUGGAGGAAUUUCUGGAUAAGAAUGACCACUCCUUGGCGCCUGCGGUAUUUGCUUCUUCCUCCAACAGCUUCCCUGUCACUAUUGUCCAGGUGAAUAACGCGAGCCAGAGAGAAGAGUAUCUGCUCUGUUUCCAUGAAUUUGGUGUAUUUGUGGAUUCUUAUGGAAGAAGAAGCCGCACAGAUGAUCUGAGGUGGAGCCGCUUGCCUUUGGCCUUUGCCUACAGAGAGCCCUAUCUGUUUGUAACACACUUCAACUCUCUUGAAGUGAUUGAGAUUCAGGCACGUUCUUCUUUGGGAACUCCUGCACGGGCUCACUUAGAAAUUCCAAAUCCUCGUUAUUUGGGACCAGCAAUUUCAUCAGGAGCGAUUUACUUGGCAUCUUCUUAUCAGGACAAAUUAAGAGUCAUCUGCUGCAAAGGAAACCUGGUUAAGGAGUCUGGGAGUGAGCACCCCCCCAGAGGGGCUUCCACCUCCCGCAGUCCUAACAAGAGAGGCCCCCCCACCUACAAUGAGCACAUCACCAAACGUGUGGCCUCCAGCCCAGCACCGCCUGAAGGCCCCAGCCAUCCACGGGAACCCAGCACACCCCACCGCUAUCGAGAGGGCAGAACUGAGCUGCGUAGGGAUAAGUCCCCUGGCCGGCCUCUUGAGAGAGAGAAGUCUCCGGGGCGGAUGCUGAGCACCAGGAGGGAGAGGUCUCCUGGGAGACUCUUUGAUGAAAGCAGCAGGGGUCGAUUGCCUGUUGGAGCUGUGAGGACGCCACUGUCCCAAGUCAACAAGGUCUGGGACCAGUCUUCGGUGUAGUUCUCAGCCAGAAAUAUACAAAAAACAAGAUUUGACUCCUCCUCUUCAGCUGCAGGACAAGCUCCACCAGGGCUCUGAGCGGGAGCCCGGGGCCUUUUUGAGCCUCCACUCCUCAGCAGAGACAAUGGAGGAAGCCCAGUUGAGGCCGGGGGUGCCGGCCAGCUGUCCGUGGUCUCUUCCCCACCCCCUCCUGGGCCAUCCCUGCACUUUGUACAACGGCUACUCUUUCAAGCUCUUCAUAAACUUUUGUAGAAAGGACAAGGAGGAUGUGGACCCUGUUUGGGCAAUGGGCACGAUUGGAACUCUGAUUUACUAGCUGCUUCCAUCAUAAGUUAAAAAAAGACACGGAAUCCUUGAGAUGUGAACUUGCUUUUGAAGUGACAAGUGCAGUUUGACUACAGCCUUGGGUCUUUACAGUAGAACCCACAGCCCCAUCUGUUUGCUUUCCUUCUGUUGGCAGCCAUCCUUAGCCCUGGCCCUGAUCAGGCCUACUCAUUGCCUCCUCCUCCUCCUCCUCUGACCAGCUCAGAAUGUCCCCAUGUCUGUGGGCUUCCCCCCAAGAGCAGGACUCUAGACCCAGGAGCCUCGUGGAGCUUUGAGCAGCGUCGUCUUGGGACCGCCGGCCCUGCUUUCACGUGGCUCUGGCCAGACAUGCAUGUGGUCGACUUGCUCUGAGCUCAGCAUCCACGGGGCGGCCAGGAGCCUCCGUCCAGGCCCCCUGCAUGCUGCUGCACCAUCAGCCUGGCUCAUCUCUUGGUUGCUACGCUAAGUAUCCUAUCAUCAUUCCCAUGUAAGCAAGCCAAUUAAGACCUUUUGAUGACUUGCCAACUUACUGGCCGUGACUGAGCUGCAGUCUGUGGCACUGGGGGGGAAAACGCUAUAAGCCUUAUUAUUCUGAUGAGAGAAGGAUUUCAGCAAAUCACCGCCUAGAAAACUUGAAUGUGACCCCCUUGUGUGUGUCCCCUCUGUGUGCCCCUCUGCCCACUCCUUAUGAACUGGCACUCUUCCCAGGGCCCGUGACCAUGCUGAGGCUGCGCUCCUCAGGUGCACUGUGGUUCCGUCCUGUUUUCUUCUUGCCUGCUAGUUAAGAGGCUGAGCUCCCCGCCAGCCUCAUUUUGGGCUUCUCUGGCUCAGCUGGGACUUUAAAUUGGCCUCUGCUAACAGGCACAGGGAGGACCAUCGAGGCCAGCCCGGUGUGAGUUGUGAACUGGUUUCAGCCAUAGUCAAGAGCAAAACUAGCUGCUCAGUCUUGGUAUCCAGUGCAGCUUAAUCUCCAUUUGGACCCUUGGCCCAUAUCCUCUGGUCCUCCCUCUGUCUCCUCCCUCGGGCUCAUUUGUUUCAGAUUUCUGGGAAACUCAUCAUCAUCUGGACCUUGGGCAAAUGUAGGGACUGGUGUGGUUUUUGUGUUGUCAGAAGUUUUGGGUUCUGUUU